AAUAAAAUAAACAAACUGAGUUAUAAAUGAAAUAACACAAUAGAAGAAUAGAGAGGGAGAGAGUGGGUGUUUGCGAUGGAAUCGGCUGCAAUGAACUUUCACUGGAAACUCUGAAGCGAAACAUACCUGGGUAUAAAUAGCCUGUGCUCUGCUCGCGGUGUCUGCGGCUCUGAUGCUCCGGAUCGUCGCUGAUUUCCAGCCCGUUACCGGUGUGUGUGUGUCAGAUGAGCUCAUCAUGGGUGAAGCGUUCACACACACACAGCGCUGCGGGAAACAUCUGCGACUGCUGCUCUUCAUCCUGCUGCCAUGUGUGUGUGUCCUCAUCUGUGUGUGUGUGCUGCUGGCGCUCACAGGUUUAUUUGGGAAUGGCCUGCUGGAUGCUGGAUCUUCUGUGUCCAUAGCGACCGACGGGCCCUUUAACAGCACCGACCCCGGCCCGAUGAUGGCCGAUAACAGAACGGUGUCAGCGCAGUCCGGCACGCCGCGGGUCGUCCUGACAAACACCCCUCCACAGUGGGACUCGGCACACUGGAUGCCUCGUGCAGACACCUCUUCAUCCUCAUCCUCGUCUUCAUCGGUGGGCCCCACUGCCGCGGCCCCUGUGGACUGGUGGACCUCUGUCUCCACGGUGACGAGCAUGAGCGCAGAUGCUGGUUUCUGCUCUGACAUCACAGAGAUUCAGUGUAGCAUGCUGCCGUACAACCAGAGCGGCGUGUUGCCGGGGACGACGGUCGUCAAGAGCAGCGAGCUGCAGAUGUUCCUCAAGUUCUUCAGCUACCUGAGUCAACUGUCCUGCUACAGACACAUCAUGCUGUUCGGAUGCUCCAUCGCACUCCCACAAUGCAUCAGCCACAGAGACCGCAGGACUCUGGUUCUGCCCUGUCAGUCGUUCUGUGAAGCGGCUCGUGAGGGCUGUGAGCCUGUGCUGCAGAUGUUUAACGCGUCCUGGCCGGAGUUCCUGCGCUGCUCUCAGUUCACCAACAACACGGGAACGAACGCUGAAAACAUGCCGCUCUGCUACACGCCGCGACACGCCAGAGGAAAGCUCUCUGCGUGUGGAAGAAGCGAUCACUUCCUGUGUGCGAGCGGAAUAUGCAUCCCCCUGAAACUAGUGUGCAAUGGAUACAACGACUGCAACGACUGGAGCGACGAGGCCGACUGCACUUGUGCGGAUGGUCAGUAUUUGUGUACCACCGGUCGCUGUAUCAGUUCUGAUCUUCUGUGUGACGGCUACGAUGACUGUGGUGAUCUGAGCGAUGAGCAAAACUGUGUGUGUGACCCGACUAAAGAGCAUCGCUGUGGAGAAGGACGCUGUAUUCCUCGAGACUGGCUCUGUGACGGAGAUCACGACUGCCUGGACAAAAGUGACGAGCUGAACUGCUGUGAGCCGCUGCACAUCACACUCACACACUGGGUUUGUGUCCUCCUGGUCAGUCCAGUUGUACUUCAACCUCCUGCUCCUCUGGCUGUCAUGGAAACACGUCAUGUGACCUGCGCAACACUGGCAACAACUGCAGUGAGUGGCUGUGAGCCCAUCUCUCUGGAGAUCUGCAUGAAUCUGCCCUAUAACUCCACCCGCUUCCCCAACUAUCUGGGUCAUCACUCUCAGAAGGAGACGUCUGUGAGCUGGGAGUCCUCGCUCUUUCCUGCACUCGUUCAGACAAACUGCUACAAAUAUCUCAUGUUCUUUGCGUGUACGGUGCUUGUGCCCAUGUGUGACCCUGUAACGCAGCAGAGAGUGCCGCCCUGCAGGCGUGAGAGCGCAGACGUGUGGAAAGUGGUUCUUGGCAUCAAUAAUCUGGAUCAUCCUUCUCCAUACAUGCAAUCGCGGCAUGUCAAAAGCAUCAUCGUCCACUCACGCUACAACCGGGCCGUGGUGGACUACGACAUCAGCGUGCUGGAGCUGGAGACCGAGGUGGAGGUGACCAGUUACGUGCGUCCCGUCUGUCUGCCCGGCCGCGGACAGCUGCCCAAAGCUGACCAGUACUGCCACAUCUCGGGCUGGGGUCACAUGGGGAACAGAAUGCCAUUUAAGCUCCAGGAGGGAGAGGUGCGUAUCAUCUCGGUCUCUCAGUGUCAGUCUUACUUCGACAUGAAGACCAUCACGUCACGCAUGCUUUGUGCCGGAUACGAGGCGGGAACCAUCGACUCGUGCAUGGGUGACAGCGGUGGUCCGCUGGUCUGCGAGGGGGACGAUGGCCGCUGGUCUCUGUAUGGUUUGACCUCCUGGGGGUCUGUGUGUUUCUCUAAGGUCCUGGGACCUGGCGUCUAUGCCAAUGUGACGCACUUCACUGAGUGGAUCGAGAGACAGAUUUACCUGCGCACGUUUAACCUGCUGUAGUUGAACAUACACACUCAUAAACACACACACACUCACAAUCACUUACAGUCACUUACAUGUGCACACACAC